AUAAAAUGAUGGAACGGGACCUGCAAAGUUUAACUAUACGAAUAAGAACUAAACAAGCCGAUGAUGUUUCUCUCAUAUUCGCCGAACCUUCGACCAAAGACAUGGAAACUGUAGUGUCUGACAACUAUCUGAUAAUUUUACUCCGGUCCUUGCUCUGGCCGGAGGAGGAGAAGGAGGUGACUUCGUUGCAAUGUCCAGAGGAGAGGGUAGAGGUAAAACUAGAGACGGAGGCGGGGAACCUAGUUCUUAUCCGGGCUGGAGCUGGCAAGCAGAUACACACUCCGGAUGAUGUUAUGGAUGACGAUGAUGAAGAAGAUGAACCUAAUGAACCUGGAGAUGACUAUGGAAAUCAGACCGAUUUAGAGAAUGACGAAGAUGAAGAGGAGAAUAAGGAUGAGAUUGAUGAAAAGAAGAACGAGGAGAACCAAGAGGAGAAGAAAGAGAAGAUUACAAGAACAAGAACAAGAGGGCAGAAAGCACUGAACAAGACCAGGACAAAUAUCAAAGAUCUGUUGAAAUUAAUAGAAAAGAUUGAUGAUGAUGAAUAUCUAUGUAUUAUGUGCAGCAAAGUAUGGCCGAGUGAGUUAAACGCCCGGAAGCAUGUGCGAGAGCACGAUCUUGAUCCGAGUGCUGAGAAGGAGAGAGCUUGUCAACAUUGCUCUAAGAUAUUCUCCUCUCAAGUCUUGCAUAGAUUACAUGACCACCAGGGCUGUAGCCUGCAGAGGGAGGUCCAUUGCGGAGCAUGUAAGGAAGAGUUUGCUUCUGUUUCACUUUUGGAAUUGCAUAUAAAGUCAGCGCACAAAGAUGGGUUUCAAUGUGAUUUCUGUGAAUAUGUAACCGAUGUAUUAGGACACAAAAUCCUGCACGAGAAAAGAUUGCAUCUAAACAUGGAUUGUAAAAGUUGCACCAAGGUCUUUCAGUCAAACGAUGAAAAAAUUUCGCAUUUCUGUGCCCAUCCAGACCGAUUUCAAUGUGAUCAAUGUGAGAAAAACUACAAAGUAAAAGGAGAAUUAAAAAAGCACAUUGACAGCAUACACCGAGGAAUUAGGUUUCCCUGUUCUACCUGCUCAGAAGUAUUGUCAUCGUCUCAGUCUCUAAAAAGACACGUGAGAACUGUUCAUGAAACAGUGUUCAAAAACUACAGAUGUGAUAUAUGCAGCAAAGCGUUUAAAGACAAUGAGUACCUGUUAAGACACAUGAAGAUUCACGAGGAGAACACCAAAUCCUUUGUGUGCCAGGAAUGCGGGAAAUUCUUUAAGUACAAAGUCACGCUCAGAUCUCAUAUUAGAACAAUGCAUGACAAAAUAUUCAAACAAACUUGUGAAGAAUGCGGGAAAUCGUUUGCAGACAUGCACAAACUCAAGGUCCACGGAGAGAUGGCGCACAUGAAGGGUGAGGUGUACAUGUGCCAGGUGUGCGGAAAAGAGAUGAUUGGAAAGAAUAGAUUAAGAAAUCACAUGAUGACUCAUCCUAAAGGACAGAAGUUUGUUUCCUGUGAACAGUGUGGAAAGGAGGUGGCAGAAACCCAGCUGAGAUCCCAUAUUGUUGCGGCGCAUAAAAUGCACUCCUACAAAUAUCCUUGCCAGUUCUGCCCUAAACGAUUAGACACUAAAGCGCAUAUACGGGCGCAUAUUAGGAAGCAUACAGGAGGCCGACCCUAUUUAUGCCGAGGCUGUGGCAAAUAUUAUCCUCUAUUAGAAACUGCACAGAAACACACAAGAAUUUUCCACAAUGGUGACUAUUCUCUGAUCUUCUAUGAUAUACAGAAGGAUAUUAAUAACCCAUACGUAAACGGGAACUAGAAGUUUUUCACUAAAAUGAAGGAAACAAAAAGAUAGGGGGUGUGAAAAAUCUUUUUAGUAGCUUAAAAAUAUAUAUUUUCUUAAUUAAAGAACUGGAAAGUGUCAUUUAUCCUUAACUACAGCUUGUAAGUUGUAACAUAAUGGGGGUAGAGGGGUUAAAGAAGUGUAAGGUAUUUUUUUUUAUUUUGAAAUUCAAACUGCUAACCUAUCAUAUAUUAUAAUUAAAAAACCAUUAAAAAAAAUAGUUUUUAAGUAUAACAAAGAACAUGUUUUUCCGUGUGAUCAUUUAUAUUUCUUGGGACGGUCCCUUCUUUUGAAAAGUUUUUCCAGAUUUUUAUUUCUCUUUCAGAUGAGAUAAUCUGACAAUCAAACAAUCCAGUGAUAUUUUUAUAUAUUACUGCAA